AUGAGUCCUGAAAGCAAGUCUGCCGACAUGAAGAAAGAUACGGUCGAGCUGAACAGCAAGCAACACAUGACCACCGACUAUGGCAUCAAGAUCGCAGACCCUGACCAUUGGCUCCGCGUGGCUGAUGGGAAGAAGACCGGCCCCUCGCUUCUCGAGGAUCAGAUCGCUCGUGAAAAGAUCAUGCGCUUCGACCAUGAACGUAUCCCUGAGCGAGUCGUACAUGCUCGCGGAACGGGCGCCUUUGGCACAUUUAAGCUAAAUGAAAGCGCGGAGGAUGUCACAACCGCAGGGGUUCUGACCGACACUAGCCGGGAAACGCCUCUAUUCCUGCGUUUCUCAACGGUGCAAGGCAGCAAGGGCAGCGCGGACACUGUGCGCGACGUGCGCGGGUUCGCCAUCAAAAUGUACACGGCUGAGGGGAACUGGGAUAUUGUUGGCAAUAAUAUCCCUGUAUUCUUUAUUCAGGAAGCCAUCAAAUUUCCCGAUGUGAUCCACUCGGUCAAACCCGAGCCGCAUAAUGAAGUACCUCAGGGCCAGAGUGCUCACAAUAAUUUCUGGGAUUUCCAGUAUCUGCAUUCCGAGGUGACACAUAUGAAUCAAUGGGGUUUUGGUGUGAACACCUACUCCUUGAUUAACAAAGAGGGCAAGCGCCAUCUUGUGAAGUUCCAUUUUACUCCCGAGCUAGGUGUCCACUCUCUUGUUUGGGAUGAGGCCCUAAAGAUCGCUGGUCAGGAUCCAGACUUCCACCGCAAGGACCUGAUGGACGCCAUUGAUGCGGGCCAAUUUCCUCGCUGGAAAUUCGGACUCCAGCUUAUCCCGGAAGAGGAGGCUGAUGGCUUCGAAUUUGAUCCGCUCGAUGCUACUAAGUUGUGGCCGGAGGAUUUGGUUCCAAUUCGGUAUAUUGGAGAACUGGAGUUGAACCGAAACGUCGAUGAAUUUUUCCCUCAGACUGAACAGGCUGCGUUCUGUACCAGCCACAUUGUUCCUGGUAUCGAUUUCUCGAAUGAUCCUCUGCUCCAAGGCCGGAAUUUCUCGUACUUUGAUACGCAGAUUUCACGUCUAGGACCUAAUUGGCAAGAAUUGCCGAUCAAUCGACCAGUCUGUCCUUAUAUGAACUUAGUCAAUCGCGAUGGCGCCAUGAGGCAUCGCAUCACCAAAGGGACAGUCAACUAUUGGCCUAAUCGGUUUGAAGCCAACCCGCCAGCUGUUCCCGAAGAAGGAGGGUUUUCCAGCUAUCCAGAUAAGCAGCAGGGUAUCACACAGCGGGAUUUGCCUGAAAAGUUCAAGGAGCACUUCAACCAAGCUCAGCUAUUCUAUAACUCGCUGUCGGAGAUUGAAAAGAUGCACGUGGCUAAGGCCUUCUCGUUCGAGUUAGACCACUGCAACGAUCCAGUUGUAUACGAACGCAUGACGGAGAGACUUGCCACGAUCAGUUUGGAGCUAGCUCAGACUGUCGCCACGAACGUUGGCAGUGCCACUCCAUCCAAGGCUCUGAAAGAAAAUAAAGGGGACACCUCCAAAGGAUUAAGCCAGCUGGAGUAUAUGCCGGAGAAGCCCACUAUAGCGACACGACGUAUUGCUAUCCUCCUUGCCGAUGGCUUUGACUUCAACCAAUAUACUGCUAUGAAGGACAAUCUUCAGGGCCAGAAUGCCUUCGUCUUCACCAUUGGUACUCAGAGACAGGGAGUGACGUCCGAGUGUGGACAGCAAGUGACCCCUGAUCAUUUUUUUGCCGGAAUGCGAUCCACCCUUUUCGACGCGGUUUUUGUUCCUGGGGGAAAGCACGUGGAAGGGUUGUCAAAGAACGGUGUGGCGAAGCACUGGAUUACCGAGUCCUUUGCUCAUCUCAAGGCCAUCGCUGGUACCAACGACGCUGUGCCGUUCAUUCAAAGCCAAAUUGGACUCCCAGAGGUCACGGUGGCUCAGGAUGGCGCUUCACUCAAAGAGUCAUAUGGUGUUUUGACGGGAUACGGGCCUGCGGAUACUUUGCUGAAGGUUGACCAGGUCGGACCAGAUGCUAAGGGUCUCGCCGAGCAAUUUAUCUGGCACGUUUCUAGACACAGGAACUGGGCGCGUGAGCUGGACGGACUUGCCGAUCAGAUUGCCGCCUAA